AGUCGCACUAAGCUUUUCUCAGAAUAGAGAAGUCUGAUCGCAGUUAGUAUGGCGUCAGAUUGGAAAAUAUUUUUGCUAUUGAGCGCAUUUUCAACGCUACAGUGCGUGGCAGCACAGUUAUUAGUGGAGUUCAAUGAUGAAUCUAUUAGGAGUGCCACAGAGCAGCAGCAGGUGGAUGAUAGUACGAAUGAGGGCGCGCCGCCAAAAAGAGCUACACAUUUACCGCUGAAAAGAGAGCACUGGGCCAUAAUUUGUGCCGCGAUUUCAUUAUGUUUUGCGCUUCUAUUUAUAAUUAAAUAUAUGUGUUGGCCUAAGUUGCGUUACUGUGGCUGUAGGGAAGUUGAACUGCAACCGAGUGAAGCGAAUGUAAGAAACAGAGAAUUAAAACCACAAUAUUCUUGGGAUACCACAAAUCAUAUCUAGAUAUUAUUUUGCAUUUAAAUUUAUAACAUCAAGUGCGACAUACAUACGUACAUACUUACUAUUAUGUAUUUGUAAUUUCAUUACACAUAAUCAUUACAUACACAUACAUACAUUAAUAAUAAUAAUAAUAAUAAU